AUGAAACCCCAAGUUAAACCAAAAAAACUUCAGUCUUACCCUCUUCCAUCAUCGAUCAUGGCUUCCAACAAACCAGUUCUCAUUCUCCUUCUUUCAAUCCUCACACUGUCCUCUAUCAUCAUCGUCAAACCCUCUCAUGCCGUUGAUUGUCCCACGAACAAACCUGGUGGCAAAAUCGCCGUCUACUGGGGACAACACAGCGAAUCCGGUGAAGGAACCUUAACCAACACAUGCGACUCUAAUCUCUACAACAUCGUCGUCAUCGCAUACCUCCAUGUUUCCGGCAACACAACAUCCUUAGACCUGAGUGACCACUGUCCUUCCGGCAACUGCGCCGCCCUAGCUUCACAAAUCCAACACUGUCAAAGCAAAGGCAUCCAAGUCUUUCUUUCCGUCGAGGUGGAUGCCGUCGAUGACCCUACUUCCUUGGCACAGUAUCUCUACGAUAAGUUUCUCAGCGGCAAAUUAGGCCCUCUCGGAGCAGUGACCUUGGACGGCAUCGAUCUUGCCCACAUUGAAGACAGCUCAGAGCCAUGGGACGAACUUGUGAGGGCGAUCAAUGGUUCGACCCAAGACGAAAAGAUUUACAUUUCAGGAGCCCCACAUUGCUAUGCCAGUGCCUUGGACAGCGCAAUCGACACAGGUCUUUUUGAUUAUCUUUGGGUUUUAUAUUAUGGCCAAUGGGCUGAGUGCGAAUAUUUAGGAAACAACGACUUCACAAACCUUCUUGAAUCAUGGGCGAAAUGGACGUCAAAGCCAGGUUUAGCUAAUAGCUCAGUGUUCUUGGGUUUAGUAGCUUCGAACGAGCCAUCCGCAGCAUCCAGCGGUUACAUAUCACCAGAAGAGCUCAAGUCUGAAGUUCUUCCGACAGUGAAGGAAUCUUCAAACUUCGGAGGAGUCAUGCUCUGGAACAGGUACUAUGACGAGAAAACCAGUUAUAGCACUGAGAUAAAGGGUGCUUUGGGCACAAAAGUCUGUGAAUGUGUAUGCCAAGAUCCUGCGUCAAGGACAUUCAACAGUCUCUUGGCCAAAUCUGUGUAG